AGCGCUGAGGUCGCCAAGUAAGAGCGAACUGGAUUUUAAAUCGAUUUUAAUUGCGCCGACGGUCUCACACUCAUCGGUCCUGGAUUAAAGACACUUCGAACCUCUCAGAGAUGGACGCGUGACGGCUUCGGAUUCCUGAUGGAACACAGAACGUAAGCUUGGCUGUCAUGGUAUAGGGGCGCAUGUAAAAUCCGACCAUGGACUACUUUGGCGACCCGAACCUUUUCGAGGGCUUGGACCAGGAUUGCUUCUCCUCCGGGUCCGUCUCUCUGGCGGACGAGUUGGACCUGGGCUCCGGGUUAGAACCCCUGCAGAUGAAUCCGCCGGGUCCUGAGAAGCACGCCAACCAGCACGGCGUGAACUUUUGCCAACAGUUGGGGCCGUUCGAUGGGAUGAAGGUCCAAACCGGCAUGGCACAGGCGUACUCCGCGCCGGGAGGAGCAUUCGACAGCCGGCGGACUCAGUUUCAAGAUCCGAAUCCGAACCGAGCGCCUCAUUCCAACGGACUCUAUCCCGGUAACGGCUCGGCGUGGGGGGAACAGAGGAUGGAUGUCUACCACCAUCAGCAGCUUCAGCAGUUUCAGCACUGCCAGGGUCAGCAACAGCGCCAACAGGAGUACAAUCGGCUCCAGCAGAGGCGGCAGAUCCUGAGCCAGCAUCAGAUACCGGCACAGCAACCAGCAGCGAACCCUCCGGCGCUGCUCCGCCAUCCCAAAAACUUUCCACCCUGUAACGACUUCUACUAUCAAGCGAACGUGCCCUGUCAGCAAGGUCACCGGUUAAUGAAUCACCCCGGGACGGACCCUAGUCCUCAUCUGCAGGCCAAGCCCUACCACAGCGCGCCAAUGAUCCCGGUAACGUCUCAGCACCAAAAAGAAUUCGGGCUCGCUCAAGGGGGGUACGGGUUUCCUGGGAUUACCGAGCAGGAGAACGACCUGAACUUCCACGUGCAGUCCUCCUCAACAGCCUACGCCGUACCGUCCUCUCGGUACUCCUUCCCCGGACAGCCGUCCUCUGUGGUGACCGCGUCCCGGCCGCACCCUGUCGUCCCCAUGACCUCCGCGGCCUCCACCGUGCCAUCCGGCGCCCCCAGCUGCCUGUUCCUGUCAGGUACCCUGAUGGACCAGGAGCAGCCGAAGAUCCCAGAGGAGUGUCCGUUCGCCCCCCUGCAGACCUCCGACAUGUUCCCCGAGGAGAUCGGCCCCGGCGCCGGCGUGAGUCUGAGCGAGAGCGGGUUCCAGGAUCUGGACGAGGCCCUGCUGGAUCACCAGGACGUGGGCAUGGAGGAGUUAGGGCAGGGGCACGAUCUCCUCGAGGAGGAGCUGCUGCCCGAGCUGGAGGCUUUCGUUCAGGAGGACGGUCACGCCGGAUUCUGGACCAACACACAGCCGGAGGUGAUGACGGAGGGAGGUUUGGAGGAUACGGAGAAUACGGCGUGUAAAUAUUCAUCUGUGAGUGAGCCUCCGAAGAACACUAAUGGUUCCAGCAGCCAGCCGAGGCUGCUCAGCCCGCCGAUGAAGAGCAGCCCCUCGUCCUCCUCCUCGUCCUCGCACUCCUCGUCCACGGAGAAGCGCGUCCCCAAGCGGCCGCCGCAGAUGGAGGCCUCGUCUCUGGAGGACAAGCAGCAGAAGGCCGACCGCAUCAUCUCCGAGGCCAUCGCCAGGGCGCGCGAGCGGGGCGAGAAGAACAUCCCGCGCGUCAUGAGCCCGGAGAGCUUCCCCAGCUCGUCCCAGCCGCGCCUCCACCGGGCCGGCUCCUCCAAAGCCAGGGCCAAGGAGAAGGGGUGCAAGCGCGCCCGCAUCGUCUCGUCCUCCAAAUCCAAACAGAAGAGCAAGAUUGGGAAAAUAGUCAUCAAGUUCGGCAAGAAAAAGAAACGCAAGACCGAAUCCUCGGACGAAUCGGACGACGAACCUCCGCCUCAGCGACCCUCGAAGGCCGACGACUCGAAGCGGCGGUCGAACAGGCAGAUAAAGAGGAAGCGGUAUGACGAGGAGCAGGAAGUACGGCUGUCCGAGGACGACGCGAAGGUCAGCGCCAAAGCCAAGAAGAUCAACGCUCACAAGGAGCCAGCGGUGCAGUUGUUUGUGGAGAACCCCAGUGAGGAAGACGGUGCAGUGGUGGACAAGAUCAUGGCGUCUCGGAUAGCAAAGAAGGAGGUCUCUCCAGGAGUCGUGCUUGAAGUGGAGGAGUUCUUUGUGAAAUACAAAAACUACUCUUAUCUACACUGUGAGUGGGCUACAGAGCAGCAUUUGGAGAAGGACAAGAGGAUCCAGCAGAAAAUCAAACGCUUCAAGAUUAAACAGGCACAACGAGCGCACUUCUUUGCUGAUAUGGAGGAGGAUCUGUUUAAUCCUGAUUACAUGGAGGUGGACAGAGUCCUGGAAGUUUCCUACUGUGAAGACAAGGACUCUGGAGAGCCGGUGGUGUAUUACCUGGUGAAGUGGUGCUCGCUGCCGUACGAGGACAGCACGUGGGAGCUGAAGGAGGACGUGGAUCAGAGUAAGAUCCUGGAGUUUGAGCAGAUGCAGGCAGCAAGACCAGACUCUAGGAGAGUGGAGCGACCCCCGGCCAGUCACUGGAAGAAGCUGGAGCAGUCGCGGGAGUAUCGGAAUGGUAACAGUCUCAGGGAUUACCAGCUAGAGGGCGUGAACUGGCUGCUCUUCAACUGGUACAACAGGCGUAACUGUAUCUUGGCUGACGAGAUGGGUUUGGGCAAAACCAUCCAGUCCAUCACGUUCCUGCAUGAGCUUUACUGCACUGGGAUCAAGGCGCCCUUCCUCAUCAUCGCACCGCUUUCCACCAUCACUAACUGGGAGCGCGAGUUUCGCACCUGGACCCACCUCAACGUCAUCGUCUAUCACGGCAGCGCGCUCAGCCGACAGAUGCUUCAGCAAUACGAGAUGUACUUUAGAGACUCUCAGGGUCAUCCUGUGAAGGGUGCGUACCGGUUUCAGGCGGUUAUCACCACCUUCGAGAUGAUUUUGGGAGGCUGUCCUGAGCUCAACGCCAUCGACUGGCGCUGCGUCAUUAUCGACGAAGCUCACCGCCUGAAAAACAAGAACUGCAAGCUGCUGGAGGGCUUCAAACUCAUGCGCCUGGAACACAAAGUGCUGCUGACUGGAACGCCGCUGCAGAACACGGUGGAGGAACUGUUCAGCCUGCUGCAUUUCCUGGAGCCCACACACUUUCCCUCCGAGAGCGUUUUCAUGCAGGAGUUCGGAGACAUGAAGACCGACGAACAGGUCCAAAAGCUGCAGGCCAUUCUGAAGCCCAUGAUGCUCCGUCGCCUGAAGGAGGACGUGGAGAAGAAGCUGGCUCCUAAAGAAGAGACCAUCAUCGAGGUGGAGCUCACCAACAUCCAGAAGAAAUACUACCGCGCCAUCCUGGAGAAGAACUUUUCCUUCCUGGCCAAAGGAGUCGGCCAGGCCAACGUCCCCAAUCUGGUCAACACCAUGAUGGAGCUGAGGAAAUGCUGCAACCACCCCUACCUCAUCAAAGGCGCAGAGGAGAAAAUCCUGGAGGACUUUCGCGAGGUGUGCAGCCCCUCUGCCCUGGACUUCCACCUGCAAGCCAUGGUCCAGUCGGCCGGCAAACUCGUCCUCAUCGAUAAGCUACUUCCGAAAAUGAAGGCGGGCGGCCACAAAGUACUCAUCUUCUCUCAGAUGGUGCGCUGCCUCGACAUCCUCGAAGACUACCUCAUCCAGAGACGAUACCUCUACGAGCGGAUAGACGGGCGCGUGCGUGGAAACCUUCGCCAGGCUGCGAUCGAUCGUUUCAGCAAGCCCGACUCGGACCGCUUCGUCUUCCUGCUGUGCACCAGAGCGGGAGGCCUGGGCAUUAACCUGACCGCUGCCGACACCUGCAUCAUCUUCGACUCGGACUGGAACCCUCAGAACGACCUGCAGGCUCAGGCUCGCUGCCACAGAAUCGGGCAGAACAAGGCGGUGAAAGUUUACCGGCUCAUCACACGCAACUCGUACGAACGGGAAAUGUUCGACAGGGCCAGUCUCAAACUGGGAUUGGACAAGGCCGUGCUGCAGAGCAUGAGCGGCCGGGACAACAGCCUGGGAGGAGGUGGUGGAGGAGGAGGAGGUGGAGGAGGAGGAGCAGGAGGGACGAUGCAGCAGCAGCUUUCGAAGAAGGAGAUCGAGGACCUGCUGAGGCGCGGAGCUUACGGCGCCCUCAUGGACGAGGAGGACGAAGGUGCUAAGUUCUGCGAGGAAGAUAUCGACCAGAUCCUCCAGCGCAGGACCAAAACCAUCACCAUCGAGUCGGAGGGACGGGGGUCCACCUUCGCUAAGGCCAGUUUUGUAGCAUCAGGGAACCGCACCGAUAUCUCACUGGACGACCCCAACUUCUGGGACAAGUGGGCGAAGAAGGCUGAGAUUGACAUGGACACGGUCAACGGCCGAAACAGUCUGGUCAUCGACACGCCCAGGGUGCGCAAGCAGACGCGACCCUUCAGCGCCACCAAGGACGAGCUGGCCGAGCUCUCCGAGGGCGAGAGCAGCGGAGACGAUAAGCCGAAACUGCGCCGCCCACACGACCGGCUCAACAGUUACGGCCGGACCGAGUGCUUCAGGGUGGAGAAGAACCUCCUGGUUUACGGGUGGGCCCGCUGGAGGGACAUUCUGCAGCAUGGCCGCUUUAAGAGGCAGCUAACCGAGAGAGAUGUGGAGAGCAUCUGUCGGGCCCUGCUUGCCUACUGCCUGGUGCACUACAGAGGGGACGACAAGAUCAAGAGCUUCAUGUGGGACCUGAUCGCCCCGACCGAGGACGGCAGGACCAAAGAGCUUCAGAACCACCUCGGACUCUCGACGCCAGUUCCUCGGGGCAGAAAGGGGAAGAAAAUGAAGAUCCAGUCCAGUGGGUUUGACAUUCAGAAGGCAGAGUGGAUCAGGAAGCACAACCCGGAGCACAUGCUGUCGGACGACGGAUACAAAAAACACCUGAAGCACCACUGCAACAAAGUGUUGUUGAGAGUAAGAAUGCUGUAUUACCUGAAACAGGAACUUAUUGGUUCCCAGUGUCAGAACGUACUGGACGGAGCUGAAGCAAGUUUGGUGGAGAUCUGGGUUCCUGAGCCUGAUCAUUCUGAUCUGCCCGCGUUAUGGUGGGACACUCUCUCCGACAAGUGUCUUCUGAUAGGAGUGUACAAACACGGCUAUGAGAAGUACAACACUAUCCGCGGAGAUCCUGCUCUCUGCUUCCUGGAGCGGGUCGGCAAGCCAGACGAGAAGGCCAUCGCUGCCGAGCAGAGAGGAAAUGACUUCAUGGAUGGGGACGUUGAUGACCCGGAGUACAAGCCCGCUCCCGCUUUGUUGAAAGACGAUAUCGAGGAUGACGCUUCCUCUCCAGGAGAGCUGGUCAUAACGGAUACAGGUGGAGAAGCCGGCCCGGCGUUAGACGGCGGAGGAGGCAGUUCUUUCGGAACGGUCACGGGGGCGUACUGGCCGUCCUCGUCGUCGCUGACGGCCCGGCUGAGGCGCCUGAUCACGGCGUCCCAGCGCUUCACCAAGAGCAAACAGAUCCUGCAGAUACACCAGACCCAGCAGGCCCUGCCACCUGAAUUCUGCCCUCUGCCCCCUACGGUCGACGAGACGCUCACGCCCAAAAUGGUCGCAAAGCUCGAGAGACAGCAAAGGUGGACCAGAAGAGAGGAGGCAGAUUUCUACCGCGUCGUCUCUACGUUCGGUGUGGUGUUCGAUCCGGACCUGGGCCGCUUCGACUGGACCAAGUUCCGAGCCAUGGCCCGGCUGCACAAGAAAACCGACGAGAGUCUGCACAAGUACCUGUGUGCUUUCACCGCCAUGUGCAGGAGGGUGUGUCGCCUGCCGCAGAGAGACGGUGACACGGUGGAUCCCUCGCUCUCCAUCCAGCCUAUCACGGAGGAGCGGGCGUCACGCACCCUGUACCGGGUGGAGCUUCUCCGGCAGAUCAGGGAGCAGGUCCUGCGCCACCCUCAGCUCUACGAACGCCUGGCUCUGUGCCAGCCGGCCUCGGACCUUCCGGUGUGGUGGGAGACGGGCACGCACGACCGGGACCUGCUGAUCGGAGCGGCCAAGCACGGGGUCAGCCGGACGGACUACCACAUCCUCAGAGACCCGGAGCUGGGCUUCAUGGCCGCGCAGAGGAACUACAGCCAGAACAAGGGUGCGCCGAACCCCACCCCGAAUCACGCACUACUGCUGGGACAGACUCACGCCUCGUCUCCCGCUCUGAGCCAGCAUCCCGGCGCCGCGCCUUCCCCGCUGGCCAACUCCACCCCCAGGGAGGUGGCCCCCAAGGAGGAGCCGCUCAUAGACGGAGAGCUGGAAGCGGGCAUGGAGAGAUGGGAUCCGCUCAAGACCUCCAUACCUACGGGAGACGCCGGGGAGAACGAGAGACGCAUGGAGGCCGCCCGAACCAAACCGCUCACGGCCGGCGCGGACGGCAGGAAGCAGAAAAAGCUCCGCAAGAGGAGCCGCAAGGAGGCCAGGAGGAGGUCGGGAUCGGGCUCCGAUUCGGACGCGUCUUCCUCCAGCUCUUCGUCCAGUUCUUCGUCCCGAUCCUCGUCCUCCUCCUCGUCUUCGUCGCGCUCCGGGUCCAAUUCCUCGUCCUCGUCUUCUUCCUGCUCCUCAGGCUCGUCGUCUUCGUCCUCGUCUUCGUCGUCCGAAGAGAGCGACGGUGAAGACGUCCCCAAGAACGCCGCCGCGGUGCCAGGCAUAAAGGGCUUCGACGAGGACAGCAUAGCAUCUCAGAGCACUACACACGACGACGCGCAGGACAGUCACGUGACCAACGGCAUCGCUAACCUCUCCCACCCCAUGCACGGCGGAGGCUACAUGCUCGCUGCUUCCUACUGGCCCAAGGACCGGGUCAUGAUAAACCGACUGGACAGCGUCUGUCAGGUGGUGUUGAAGGGCAAGUGGCCCGGGCCGCGGCGCGUGUACGAGGGGAGCGCGGUGUCCUCGUUUUACACCACUAAGCUCAUGGACCACGCCUCCACUCUGGCGGACGACCCGGCGGCCUCCCCUCAGGGGUCAAAGGUGAAGAAGCAUGAUGCAGACAGAGAAAAGGAGUUCUCGGUCAAAAUCAAUGACCAGGAGGGCAGUCUGAAGUUGACCUUCCAGAAGCAGGGUUUGCCCUUGAAGCGCCCGAUGGAUGCGGAAGACGGACCUCUGGCACAGCAGCAGUACCUGGCACGGCUACACGAGCUACAGAGCGCCUCCGAUACCUGUCUGACCGACUACACAAAAUCACUAAACAAUUACCCACCAGCAGCCCUGGGUAGUCAGAUCCGACUUAACGGAAUGGUGGACGGUCAGCCGGCGAUGAAGAAGCGAAGAGGACGAAGGAAGAACGUGGAGGGAAUGGAUCUUCUCUUCAUGAACAAGAACAGACCUCCAGCAAUGCCCGACCAGGCUUCUCCGGCCUGGAGUGGGGUCGCGACCCCGGGUAUGAGCCCUGGCUUCUCCCAGGCUGCCGGACCCGUAGAUACGGAGAGCAGAGUCCCUGUAAUAAACCUUAAGGAUGGAACGCGGCUCGCCGGGGACGACGCUCCCAAACGGAAGGAUCUGGAUCAGUGGCUGAAGGAGCACCCGGGCUUCGUGGCGGACGUGGGAGCGUUUAUUACGGGGGUGAGUAAGAUCCCGUUUCAGGAGGACCGGCCGAAACAAAAAAGGCAUCGCUGCAGGAAUCCUAAUAAGAUCGACGUCAACAGCCUGACGGGAGAAGAGCGCGUCCAAAUCAUCAACAGGAAAAAUGCUCGGAAGAUUGGUGGCGCGUUCGCUCCGGCUCUGAAGGACCUGAGCCGCUUUCUCCAGGAAAACCCGGAGUACGGAAUCCCUCCGGAAUGGGCAGACGUGGUCAAGCAGUCGGGCUAUUUACCGGAGAGCAUGUUCGACCGUAUCCUAACCGGCCCCAUCGUACCCGAGGAGGUGAGCAGACGAGGCCGUCGGCCCAAGAACGCCAUGGCCAAGAUGGCUGGCGCCCCCGGCGCGAACGCCAACCCGGCCCUGGGCGUCAACCCCCUCCUGAGCAACGGGCUGCUCUCCGGUCUGGAUCUGAACAGCCUGCAGGCCCUGCAGAACCUUCAGAGCCUCCAGCUCACCGCCGGACUCAUGGGCCUCCAGAACGACCCCAACGUGGCCGCCAUGCUUCCCAUGAUGCUCUCGGGCAUGGCCGGCUUACCCAACCUGCUCGGCAUGGGCACCCUGCUAGGGGGCCAGGACGGCACCGCCAGCGAGGAUUCGGGGAAGAAAAGGGGGGGCGGAGAGACCGCGAGCGCGGAGAGCAAACGGGAGAGGACAGAAUGUCAAACCUCGACGGCGGCGGCGGGUCAGGCGUUAGCCCUCAACCCCUUACUGCUCUCCAGCAUGAUGUACCCAGGGAUGCUCCUAAACCCAGGCCUUAACCUGCCUGUGGCCAAUCGGCCGCAAGCUACCGCCCUCCCGGCUCAGCCCGCCGCUCCCGAGACCCCACAGAACGAUCCGGGUCAGCAGGGUGAAGGGCAGGAGCCCGAGGAACGCAAGGACGCCAGCGGUCCAGAGGGCUCGACGAAGGCAGAGUCGUCCUCCGCCGAGUCGGGGGGCUCGUCCUCGUCCUCCGAGGAUUCGGAUUCCACCGAUGAAGACUGAACCUUUAUACGUACGAUAUAUAUACAUAGAUAUAAAUAAAUAUAAAUACAUAUUCUAUAUUUAUAUCACACCUCUUAGAAAUGUACACACGCAGACGUAAAUAAGAGCACUUACAUCAUGAUUUUUCGGGUUUCUUUUGUUUUUGUUUUGUCUUAUUUUCCCGUGUAAAUAUGAGAACUAAAGUGUUGUGUAAUAAAGAUGAGAAUAAAUGGAAAGUCAUGGCUGUACAGACGCGGAAA